AUGCCCGAUCUGAAUCGGAUUCUGCUCGUCGGAAGUGGAGGCGUGGGAACAAUGGUUGCUUUCAAUAUUGAGGCCAGCGGCCUUGGACGUGUGGCUGCUGUUCUGAGGUCUAACUAUACCAAGGUACUACAAGAGGGAUUUGAGAUCGAUUCCUGUGAGCACGGGCCGAUCAAAGGCUGGCGUCCCAGCGAAGUUUUAAAAGAAAUACCGACCAUCACUGAUAUUCCCUGGGACUACAUUGUCGUAGUGACUAAAAAUGUGCCGGAUAUUCCACCAACAGUCACAGACAUGAUAGCUCCCGCUGUGACGCCCGGGCAUACAGCCAUUCUACUAAUCCAAAAUGGCUUAAAUAUCGAAAGGCCAAUUCUCGAGCGCUUCCCAAACAACGUCUGCCUAUCCGGCAUCAGCAUGAUUGGGUCCCAGGAAGAAUCUCCUGGUGUAAUCAAACACUAUGACGUCGAUGUCCUGAUUCUCGGCGCGUUCCGCAACCCCAAUAUAAGUCGCGAUCGGGAAGUGGCCUCCGCCAAACGAUUUGUGGGAAUGUAUACUGCCCAGUGCGAGACACGGUGUCGAUAUGUGGAAGAUGUACAGCACUCUCGGUGGGAAAAGCUGGUCUACAAUACGUGCUGGAAUUCCAUCUGUACCCUCACGGACAUGGAUACAGGCCGGAUCAGGCUCACGGAUCAUGCGGUCCAGACUCUGGUCAGGCCCGCAAUGGAGGAAAUACGGGCCGCUGCAAGGGUACAUGGUGUAAAUCUGCCGGCAGAGCUGUGCGAUAGAAUGCUCGAGCUCGACCCUUUGACGAUGUAUUAUCAGCCAAGUAUGUUGGUUGAUAUGCGCAAGGGUAAGUUUAUCGAGGUCGAAAAUCUUAUCGGAGAGCCUUUGGCAGCUGGGACCACAAGUGGAGUGCCCAUGCCUACAUUGAACGUGCUUUACAAUCUGUUGAAGGCGAAGCAAUGGGCAACCAAGGAAAAGCUCGGGAUGCUCGAAAUUCCCCCAGGAGGCGAUUAUUUGACACAGAGGUCCUUCCCCAAACACAAGGUGCACACAAGGCCGGUAGAGGAGCCAAGUCUUUAG